AGCUUUUUUUUCUUUCCUUACUAUCAUAUCGAACUUUGUUACAAAGUAUUUCCUUUUUUUUUAUCCAAGUAGUUUUUGUCGUUCUCUCUUACUGCUUUUGAUCUCGGACGUUUUUCUCGUACACACAUAAAAAUACAAACAAGGUGUCUAUUUCGGUAUGUCACUAUCCUUAGUUCGACAAGCAGUUACAAAAGGAAGGCUGGUUCCUCUUCAACGAUAUCAGACAUACACUAUAUCAAAAUGCAUUAUAUCUCGAUACAACAGCACAGCAGCUGCUACGCCCCCCGCAGCAACAGAACAAGAAACUCCUCUUCGCCGCCAACAUAUUAUAUUUCCCAAUCCUGGUAUGCAAAGCUUCACCGAAACCACUCGAAUAUUGCCUUCUGCUGUUGCUGAACAAUUUGCAAUUUUAAAGGCUUGUAUUGCAUCUGGCUCAAUGGAUCGUGCUCAACGUAUUAUGAGUGAGCUUUACAGGGCAAAACCCGAAGAAAUGAAGUUGUUUGCAGAUAUCAAUGUUUAUAAUUAUUUCUUGAAUGGAUUUGUGGAGGCUCCAGAAGGGCCAAUGACAAAGUAUUGUCUAUCUUGGUUUGAUAAUAUGAAGGAAUAUGGUGUUCAUGCAGACGCAAACACAUUUGCUAUCAUUGUGAAGGGAUUUCUCAAAGUAAAAAGCUACCACACUGCAAAAGCUCUAUUGAGAGACUUGGCCGAAACAGAAGGAAUUAAUAUAGAACAAAUGUUGCGCUCAGAAUAUUUGUCGAAAAAUGACGUCGAAAUGUUUAGAGAGAUGAUUUCUGUCUCAAAAGGAACUUUAGAUUUAAAUAUUGAAAAGCUUUUAAAAGAGCUUGAGAGUGCAACCGAUCAAAUUCUCGGUAAACCUGCUGUCAAAGAAAUACCAAAAACGGAAGAGAAACUUAAACAAAUCGAAGUGGUGCCUGAAGCAAAGCCCACAAAAUCAAUUGGUGUUCACUUUUUGCAAGAGCAAUUGGCUGCUUUGCGCGAUCCUCAUGCUAGUGUCAAAACAGAUCCUUACGAGCUCCAAUUAGGGCUGGAGCAACAAGGCUAUGAAAUGGCUUUGCAACGAUUACUGCAUACCAAAGAACAAAGUAUUGAGCGUGGUGAUACGUUGAAUGCUAUGAACUUGUCACCCUUAAAACGUAUCAUGUGGACUUGGCAUCAAAAUAUGGUGCCUUUGAUUCAAGAAGAAAUUAUGCGUUGUGAUGCUGCUACUGCACGAGAAAGUGAUCGUCGUGCUUAUGGUCCCUUUUUAAAACUAUUGCCUCCCAAGACACUGUCCAUUGUGACUAUUUUGGAACUCUUACGUCUUCACAACUCAUCUGGUAUCGGUGAUGGCAUGAAGACUGCUCGUGCUGUGAUUGAUGUGGGUAAAGCUGUUGAAAUGGAAUAUAAUGCUGUCCAAAUCAAGCGACGUUCCACCAAAUCUUCUCUUUUAGACAAGGGCACAGAUACACAAGCAUUGUUCUCCAACAGUCGGUUAUUCAAUUUAACUGUCAAAAGAGCACAAAGAGACAUGAUGGAGAAAGGCGGUGGCGCAUUGGUAAAUGAAUGGAAUCCAGUUUGGCCCAGCACCAUUCGUGCUAAAGUCGGCAGUGUAUUGACUAGUUUAUUGUUGGAAGCUGCAAAGAUUCCUGUACCUAGUAAAAACCCUGAGACUGGAAAGAAAAUUAUUGAAAACAUUCCAGCCUUCUUCCACACUUACCAAUAUGUACAUGGUAAAAGAGUGGGUAUUAUCAAGUUUUCUGAACAGUUGACACAAAUGCUCUCUCGUGAACCUGUACGUGAUACCCUUCACCCUCGUCUCUUACCAAUGCUUGUUCAUCCUCGACCAUGGCUUUCCUACAACUCAGGUGGUUACUUAUCCACCAAAUCUGUGUGUAUGAGAAUCAAGGAUUCUGCUGAACAAUUAGUUUAUCUCUCUAAAGCUUCUGAACAAGACCACCUUACAGACGUAUUGGCCGGUUUAGACGUAUUAGGGUCUACUCGUUGGAGAGUCAACAAGGAUGUUUUUAAGGUGAUUUUAGAAGUCUGGAAUUCAGGCGAAGCACUUGCUGAUAUUCCACCUGCUAUCAACGAGCCCGCUCCAUUGCCACCCAAGCCCGCAAAUUACGACACAGAUCCUAAAGCCAAGUUUAUGUGGGUCUCUGAAGUAAAGCAACAGCAAACAAAUGAAAGAAACUACCACAGUUUGAGAUGUGAUGUCAACUACAAAGUAGAAACUGCUCGUGCCUUUUUGAAUCUUCCUAUGUAUUUCCCUCAUAAUAUGGAUUUCCGUGGUCGUGCUUAUCCCAUGCCUCCCACGUUAAAUCAUUUAGGUAACGAUUUAUGUCGUGGUUUAUUGCAUUUUGAUGAUGCAAAGCCCUUGGGUACUCGUGGCUGGAGAUGGCUUAAGAUUCACUUGGCCAACUUGUACGGUUAUGAUAAGCACUCCUUCUCUGAAAGAGAAACCUACACGAUGGACAACAUUGAAAACAUUUUGGACUCUGUUGACAAACCCUUGACUGGUAACCGAUGGUGGUUGAAGGCAGAAAAUCCAUGGCAAUGUCUUGCUGCUUGUUAUGAGGUUGCUGCUGCUUUCCGUAGUGGAAAACCUGAAGAAUUUAAGUCUCAACUCCCUGUCCAUCAAGAUGGUACCUGUAAUGGUCUUCAACAUUAUGCUGCCCUUGGUGGUGAUUUAGCUGGUGCUCGUGCCGUCAACUUGGCUGCUGGUGAUCGUCCUGCUGAUGUCUAUACCGGUGUUGCUGACAUGGUCAAUAGUGUCAUCGACAAAGCUGCAGCAGAAGGUGAUCCUUUAGCUCAACUUUUGCAAGGCAACAUCAGUCGAAAGGUCGUCAAGCAAACUGUCAUGACCAAUGUGUAUGGUGUGACAUUUAUUGGUGCCCGUGCACAAAUUGAAAACCGUUUGAAAGAAAACCCUAAUAUUCCUCGUGACAAGGUCUACAUUUUAGCUGGUUACUUGGCUAAGGCCGUCUUUUCUUCUUUAGGUGAAAUGUUUACAGGUGCUCGUCAAAUUCAAGACUGGCUUACGGAUUCUGCUAGACGUAUUGCACGAAGUGUGCCUUUGGAAACACUUCAAGAGACCGGCAUUGUUGCUGGUGCUGAUCCUGUGGAUCCAGCCACACAAAAGAAAGACAAGCGUAAAAAGAAGAAUAGCAAGACAUUCUCAGCUCGUAAUCCUUCUGCAAAUCAAAUGAGUUCUGUGAUUUGGACUACACCGCUUGGUUUGCCUAUUGUUCAACCUUAUCGUCGUUCAGGCAAGAAGCAAAUUGCUACUUUGUUGCAAACUAUCUUCAUUGAAGACCCUGAUGCUUCUCGACCUGUUAAUGCCAUGAAGCAAAGUACAGCUUUUCCUCCCAACUUUAUUCACUCUUUAGAUGCAACACAUAUGUUGAUGUCUGCUGUAGCUUGUCAUAAGAAGGGUAUGACUUUUGCUUCUGUCCACGACAGUUAUUGGACACAUGCCUGUGAUGUAGAUGCUAUGAACGAAGUUAUUCGCGAUCAAUUCAUUGAACUUCAUUCUCAGCCCAUUAUGGAAAAUCUUAUUGCUGAAUUCAAGGAGCGUUAUAAAGAUUAUCGUGUACCAUGUAGUGCGCUUUUAUCUGAAGAAGGUGAAAAGAAGAAGUUGGUAGAAGAUGGCGAAGAAUCCUUGGAAGAAGAUAUUGGAUCCAGCUUAUUUGGUGACCCAUUAGCUAUGGAAAAAGAUAUGGAACUUGAAAAGCAAAAAAAGGAAAAUGAAAAGAAGGACGCAUUAAAGGCUAUCUUUGGUUUGGGAAGCGCAUCCGAAGCUGAAGGUGACGGUGAUGAGGAUUUGGAUGAAGUAGAAGACUUAGAUGACGAUGAACCUCCAGCCAAGAAGAAGAAGUCUGCUUUGAACAAAUACAAGUAUAGUUGGGAGCCACUUACCUUUUUGCCUUUACCAGCCAAGGGCGAGUUUGACAUCAACGAAGUCAAGAAAUCACCUUACUUUUUCCAUUAGAUAUUUUAUAGAUUUACAUAUAUUCCCCCCAUUCUUUCUCUUUUUUCUUUCCUUUCAUG